AUGCCUGAGCAAACCAAGGAAGGCUUCCUGGAAGAGGUGCCCUUGAAGGAUGAGGGCACUCCAGGAAAAUCCUCCCACAUGCCCGCAAACCCUCAGAAGUGGGCAAGCCAAUCAGGCGCCAGCAUCGCCGGCCUGCCGACUAAUCAGGAGCCGGAACAGGAGCUCGAGUCACAGACCAAGGCUUCCCCAGGGAGGGCGGCCGGAGCCCGCGUGCCCCGCCCUCCCGGCCCCGCCCACUCCCCGCCUAAGGCCCGCCCCGCCGCGGUCAGCCGCGCCUGCCCGGAGUUCCCUGGCCGGCGGCCGGCCGCUGGGGCCCAGUAUUGUCUUAAGGGCCGAAAAAAGAGGAAAGGGGGGAGUGUGGGGAACUGCCAAGUGACCGGCAGAGGAUAUAUAACAUUUUCUUUCACCAUCGACAAUCUUGCACAAUGUAUGAAAGAGACGGCAUCGCCUGGACAGGAGCGUGAGGCCGCGGGCAAGCUGGAGCACACCGCCUUCUCUGGACUCAGUACUGAUGGGCCUGUCCACCCGAUGCCUUUUGCCUGCCACAGCUCCACUGGGGUGGCCAGGGGGCAGCUUCACCUCAGCAAUCACAAACCGAGCUCUUGGAAUUCAUCUCCACAGCCUUCCCCGUCUCAGGUUCUGCGCUGGGUGCUGUGGCGACACACGUGAACAAGACCUCCUGUCCCACCCACAGAGCCCUAGUCUGAGGAGGGAGACAGACGCCAAGCAAGAAAUCACGAAGCAGGUGGAAUGGGGUGGUGUCCGGGAAUGAGCUCAGAGGAGGAAUUGGUCCAGCCGGUCCGAGGGAGCUUCCUGAAGGAGGGGGCAUACGCAGGGCGACCUGGGAGGUGAAUAGAAGUUGGGCAGGGAGGAGGGUCAGGC